GUUGGCAUGCAAAGAGAGAGCUAUAUAUUCUGAAGCAAAUUUGAGACGCAUUCAUUUCUGUAACUGAUUUAAAGCUCUGUCUUGACGAGAACCAAACUUUCCAGGCAACACAACACGUCUCUAUAUCUACAAUUAAGGUGAAUUUGUAUUUGUAUAAACAAUGGAUUCCAACGCAUCUACCAGUGUAUUCAACGAAGGAGACCGUGUAUCUCUAUCUGAAGACAUAGAUACUGUAAAGUUGUUACAAGAAGGACAUGGCGGAUGGACUCCUUUUAUGGAAAACUUUAUAGGUCAAGUUGGCAUAGUUCAAGGACUUACUAAUGUCGACGAUGUGAUUGUGAAAUUUGAAGAACUCGGUAACAAAUUAUGGCGCUUUAAUCCAAAAGCUCUCACAAAGAUCGACAAAUUUAACGUUGGAGAUGCAGUUAGGAUACUUGAUGAUACCGAAAAAGUUAAAAGAUAUCAGGUUAAUCAUGGUGGAUGGAUUUCUGAUAUGACAUCGGUAUUAGGCAAAAUUGGUACCAUAAAAAUUGCAUUCCCAGACGGUGAUUUGCUUGUGUCGGUGUCUGGUAAAAUAUUUUUAUUCAACCCUCUGUGCUGCACAAAAGUACCCCAAAGUAUGAAAGUUGGGGAAGAAGAUGAUGCUACAUCAUCAAUGAUGGAGAUGAUGGAACAGUUUUUUAAUGCGACACCUGACUUCAGAAGCUUGUUACAAUCCCUGCACGGAAUCGUGGAUGGUUCUGAAGGACAAGAUGAUCAAUUUCUCGUUGGUCAUACAGUGAAGAUAAUUGAAGACAUUCAAGAAGUUAAAAAGUUACAGGAAGGACAUGGCGGAUGGAAUGAUGAUAUGGUAUCGAUAUUAGGAAAAACCGCUAAGGUAAAGCUAGUGUUACCAAACGGUGCUUUGCUUGUGUCAGUGUCUGGUAAAAUGUGUUCCCUCAACCCGAAGUGCUGUAGAAAGGUAUCGCAUAGUGUGGACGAUGAUGAUAGCGACUCUGGUAAGUUUUUGUGAUUUUACUAUCAUCUAAACA